AUGAAGUUAGUAAUCCCGUUUUCAUUGAGAUCCAAAGUUUUAGAACUGGCCCAUGAAGGUCAUCCGGGUGAAACGGUCAUGAAACGCAGACUCCGUUCAAAAGUAUGGUGGCCACUUAUCGAUCGAGAUGUUGAAAAUUGCGUGAAAAAAUGCUAUGAUUGCUUACUUGUCUCACGACCUAUAAAUCCAGUUCCAAUGAAAAGACAACAAUUCCCGGAAGGACCUUGGCUUUGCCUUGCCAUGGAUUUGUUAGGACCACUACCGAACCAUGAUUUCGUUUUUGUGGUCAUAGAUUACUAUUCACGAUACCAUGAGUUAAAGUUUAUAAGAAGAAUUACCUCAAGUGUUAUUAUCGAGAUACUGGAAGAAUUAUUCUCAAGACUUGGUUACCCGGAGUCUAUUAAAGCCGACAACGGGCGGCAAUUCGUGAGUCAGGAGUUAAAGGAUUACUGUGGAAACAAUAACAUCAAACUAAUAACUUCUCCACCCUAUUGGCCUCAGGCAAAUGGAGAAGUCGAAAACUUAAAUCGCUCCAUCUUAAAGCGACUUCAGAUUGCCAAUACGAAGGGCUUGGAUUAUAAAAAAGAAAUCCUUAAAUUCAUUCUUAUGUACAACGUUACACCUCACGGUACGACCGGAAAGGCCCCGUCAGAAUUGCUCUUCAAUAGGGUGAUUAGAGAUAAAAUUCCAUCUUUACAUGAUGUUCCUGGGGAUCUUAUGGAUUCGGAAGCGAGGGAUCUAGACUCCAUUAACAAAGAAAAGGGUAAACAACAAGCUGACAAGGUUCGAGGUGCAAAGUCUUGUGACGUUAAUGUUGGGGAUAAAGUGGUGCUUAAAAAUGUCAUUUUUCCCAACAAGCUCACUCCCCAGUUCGGCCCAGAAAUAUACGAGGUAAUUGAGAGGAAGGGCAGUGAUGUUGUUGUUAAGAGCAACGAUUGUACCUACAGAAGAAACGUUAAUCACUUAAAGAAGAUACCAUUCUCGGAUACAGAAGAAAAUUCAGUUCUUAUAGUAGAUUCAGUUGCGUCACCUACAGUUACUCCAUCGGAAUCGGAAUCCACAAACCAAGAUAAUCAUCAAUGUUCUCCGAAGCAAUUACAAAAAUCCUCAAACUUGAAGUUGCGGUUGGAGAAAAAAGGAGGGAUGUGGAGACCUGUCAAUGACAAUGAUGCGUAG